CCGCGCGCUCCCCCCAAGAUGGCGGCGCCCUUGGCCCUGCAGCUGCAGGAGCUGCUGGACCCCCGGCCCGCCCCGCGGGACCCCGAGGAUGAUGUGGAGGAAGCUACAGUUGCUAAAGUGAUAGACAGAUUUGAGGAUGAAGCCACGGAUGACCUUUUGCCUGUUGGUAAUAUCAGGAAAAGAGCUUCAGCCUCUCUCCUGGAAGCUGAUCAGAGGUACAGUGGCAAAGCCACAUCUCGGAGAGCUCUGCAGGAAGAGCUCUGGGGAGAUGCUCUGUCUGAAGAAGGAUCUGCUGAAGAAGCACUGGGUGACUGGUACAGUGGCAAUGAAGGCUCAGAAGAGGAGGACAGUGUUGGCACUGAGGGCAGGGAGAAGGCCAGCAGUGCUGGCAGUGAGCAGGAGGCUGACUUGGAGGAUGAUGAAGAGGCCAAGGCACCACAGUUCAGCUCCCAGAAUAUCACAGACUUUGAGAAGUUCACAGAGGGCAUGGACGAUGCAGGGAGCAGUGAAGGGGAGGAUGAAGAUGAGGAUGAAGAUGAUGCUGACAUGGAAGAAGGAAGUGACGAAGAGGAGGAAUUUGGGAGUGAAAACCACGAUGAUGGAAAAGAAACCAAAGGCAGUGAAGAUGAUGGGGGAGUGCUGACCUUCUCCAGAGGACAGGAGUCUGAAGAGGUGGAGAAGGGCAAAGCUGUGAGGAACCAGCUAGCCCUGUGGGAUCAGCUGAUGGAAGGGAGGAUCAAGAUGCAGAAGGUGCUCCUGACAGCCAACAGGCUGCCCCAGCCAGACACCUACCCCAGGUUCAGGGAGGAGGGGGGACAGGACUUUGACCACGCUGUGGAGAACUGUUGUAAAACCCUGGAGGUCUUGCUGAAGGUACUGGUGGAACUUCAGGAUGAGCUGCUUUAUCAGUACCCAGGCACGAGGCAUCUGGUGGAUGGAAAGCAAGCAAAAACUGAGAGUGAGGAUGAAAUCCUGAGCAGCAGCGAUGAGGAGCCAGUGGAGAAGGCUCAGGGGAAGAGGAGGAGCCUCCCAAAAAGGAAGCUGAAGUUUGAGGAGUACCCUGAGUUCAUAGCCAAGCGCUACCGGGACUUCAGGAGCUACAGGAACAGCACCCUGCAGAAGUGGCACGACAAGACCAAGCUGGCAACUGGCAAAAUGGGGAAGGGCUUUGGAGCCUUGGAGCGCUCGGUGCUGGCGCAGAUCGAGCACGUCCUGCUGGACAGGGAGCGAUUGCUGCGGCGCACCCAGACCCGCCGCUCCCUCUACACCGUGCUGGGCAAGCAGGAGCAGCAGCCUGCCCCAGCCCCUCAGCCCGGCCCUCACAGCUCGGAAGUCCUCCCUCCCUCAGACUCCAACAGGCACCUGAAGGACAUCGAUGAGGAGAUAUUUGAUGAUGAUGACUUUUAUCACCAGCUCCUGCGAGAGCUGAUCGAGCGGAAAACCACAGCCCUGGACCCCAACGACCAGGUGGCCAUGGGCAGGCAGUGGCUGGCCAUCCAGAAGUUACGGAGCAAAAUAAAGAAGAAAGUGGACAGAAAAGCCAGCAAAGGAAGGAGAAUCCGGUACCACGUCCACAGCAAGCUGGUGAGCUUCAUGGCACCUAUUGACCUCUGCACAAUGAAUGAUGAUGCCAGGACGGAGCUGUACCGGUCACUGUUUGGAAAAGCCACGAAGGGAGAAGAACCAGAGCAGGAUUAGGAGCUGGGAUUGAGCUCCUGGGCUUCUCCCAGCUGCUUCUGCCCUCAGCUGCUCCCUCAGGCUGCCCAGGAGCAGAGGCAGCUCUCUCCAGCCUCGGUUUGUCCCUAAAAUCCUCCCUGAAGGAGCCCCACACCCUGCUGCAUCAGAGGGAAGAGUGAGCCUGAACUGCUUCCUCUCAAAGACAAUCCAUUUUUAACUAUUCCCUUUAAAUUCCUGACCUUGAUUUUGCAGCCUGGGCACAGUGUGGGGCAGGGACACAAUCCAGCUGUGUGAAAACCUUGGAGAUUUUGGGGCUGGGGGUGUUCAGUGCCCUGUUCUGGUGCUUGGCUGCAUAUUGACUUCAUUUUUCACCAGUCAAGAGGAUUAAAAUGUCAUUUCCAUAAUUAACAUGGCCUUAAAACAGAGGAAAGGUGCUGCUGUGCAGGGAGCAGAGCUGCCAGGUCACAUCCUGCCUCUGGAACAGGCACAGGGACAUUGGCUGGCCCUGGCAAUGUGCCACCUCUGUGCUCUGUGCCACCCCCUGUGUGUCCCCUGUGUCUGUGCCACCCCUCUGUGUGUCCCCUGUGUCUGUGCCA